AUGUCGCCUUCGGGCUCAAUGUCUUCCUCUGCGUCCGAGGGCAGAAGUCAUUUCAAUGCAGCAGCCGUUGACGAUGGACACCAGCAGCCCAACUUGGAGACCCUGGUUGGGCAUUUAGUGGCUGCUAAGCGGUCGCUUUCGUCGAUCAACCAUGUAUGGAGAGCUAACGAGAUUGUUACCGCUGCUCGCAGUGCCCUGGAGGAGGGUGUUAUUCUCUCGGCGCGCGCGGGGUUUCUCCAUCGAGAGCUUGAGGUUCAGCUACGCUCAUUGUAUCAAAUCAAAGAUGAGAUAGAACAGCUUGCUCAAUACGGAAGAGAGGACUUCUCCUCCACCCUGAAGGAGCUCGACAAAGUAGAUGAGAAACUGCAGCAGGCGCUAAGCUUAUUACGUGAAACCUCUGUCGAGCCAUCCUUUCUUCCUCCCGGAGAAGAACCCAAAACUCUGCACGAUUUUGUUGACGAAAAUGCGGUCCAGGAUUUGCAGUCAUUGCUGAAAGAUGCAAUUGAUAACACCAACUCCGCCCAAGCAGAUCUGGACGCAUCCAAUAACGCCUUUGACGAAGAACUGGACGCGAUUCAACGAAAGUUGAGUAAAUACAAUGUUCCUAUUAAACCCAUACCUCAUUCGUCCACGCUACCCUCCUCUCCGCCCCAAACGCAAGCCACGCCUUCUCCAGCCGUCAUUCCAGAGCUGCUGCAUUCCCUCGAGUUACAUGCGCAGGAAAUGGCUGACCUGUUGGAGUCCUUGGUCCAUCAUUUUGACCUCUGCGCCACAGCUGUCAAACACACAGAAGGUGGCGGAGCAGCUGCUCUACGAAUCACUGGCGACCUUCCCAGCGGGCUAAAUGUCGGUGUUCGUCUCGGAAACGAUGGGGAAGACAUCGACAAUCCCAACGCUCCGCCAGAGCCAUUGACAGAGUUGGAAUACCAAGGGAUGAUAGGCGUUAUCGUUAAGGAUGCCACCGAGGCUGAAGAUGUUGUCCUCGAAAUCCAAGACCGCAUCGCAGAAAUGGAAACGACUCUUGAUCGGAUCGUCGCUCAACGAGACCUUCUUGCCGAAUCUUGUGCUGCCAUGAUAGAGAAUGUCCACCGGCUAGACAAGUUUUUCAAAAGCAAACUAGCCAGUUACAUUACCCAAUCUCAUGUCUUCACACGAGUCUGGAAAGAGCAGCACGAACGGAUGCAAGCCGGCAUGGCUGAUUUGUCAGAUCUACGAACCAUGUACGUUGGCUUUCUAGAUGCAUAUGACGACCUCAUCCUUGAAGUUGCACGGAGGAAAUCGGUACGGGUUUCGGUUGAGCGAAUCCUCCAUGAUGCAAGAGUGAAAUUAGAUAAACUCUAUGACGACGAUGUGCGCGCUAGGGAGGCCUUUCGAGUAGAGCAAGGCGAUUAUCUACCUUCUGAUAUUUGGCCGGGCCUUAACCGGGCGCCGAUGAGAGUGGAGUUUAACAGAAUUUUUGAUAACAACCCAAACACGGGUGUGAGCGCUUCGAAGGCAGCGCUCGCUCCUAUACCUGGAGUCGACGGAGAAAAUAGUCCUGAAGGGCAGGAAAAACCUUCUGCACAUAUGGAAAGCAGUCAGCCAGAGGAGGAGCCCAUCAACCCGGGUGGCGACAGCGUCCCAGAUCUACCUAAAUACGUUAUUGAAAGGGCGGUUGUUCGAAAGAAGGCUAGGAUUAAAGCAAGCCGUUUGCCCCCAACGGCUCAGCACGUAAAAUGA